AUGGAGCAGUUGCAAAUGGUACAAUCAAUUAAAUCGUCUCGAACAUUUGCAGCGAUUGCGGCGCAUGCGUCGGAUGCAUUGCAGGCGCUGAUACAGACGACACAUAUCAACAUCGAACCUGCAGUGAAUUUUGUGUCUUGUGGCUCACCUCUUCAUGAGCAUUUCGUGCCAAAAGCGUCACUUGAGAAACAUCUGAGAAAAUGCCAUGGACAACGGCGACCUCGUCUGGUUCACAAUGCCGAGUUCUAUUAUGGCAGACGCAACGAAAAAGAUGCCGAGAAAUGUCAAGACGAGAACUGUGGAACUACUGAGGAAGCUGUUGGUGAUAGUUUCGCGAAUAUAAAGACAAAAGAUAGUCAAGGUGGACAUGAUAAAGAGACGAUGCUGCCGAGUCUAUUGGAGCCUGAAGAUGUCCAGAAUGGGGAGCUCAAUUCUCGACAAGAUAGCAGCAAUGAAGGAGGCGGAAUAACGAGUGCACUUCAGAAAAUGGAGGUCCUUACUGGAACAUUUUACAGCCACGUACAGGCGUGGCGACGUAUACCACGUGCUUUUGCUACGAUGAAAGAUGACGAGCGCAAGCUCGUGACGUCAUCGUCUUUGUCCCGAUGGAUGAAGAAUGAAAUAAGUCGUCCUGGAGUGCUACCGAGCGGCGAGGGGAUCGACUGUGAGCUGGUUGACUAUGUGGUUGGAUUGUUGGACCACCCCGAUUUCUGCCAGCCUGAUCGUUUGGUAUCGGAGCUUCAUGAGUUCCUCGGUAGCACCGUGACCGAAUUUGUGUUAGCGCUUUGGAAAUUCAUGGUCAUCGAAAUUGGACUACAAAGUGUCUUUAAUGUAGGAAAGAGCAAGAAAGAUGUGGCAGUUCGAGUGAGCUCAUCAGACGGUAACCAUGAUUUCUCAACGGCAAGUGUUGUACUUACGAACUCCCAAGCGCAGUCGAGUAAUGCGAACGAUGAGCAUGUGCAAAAGCGUCACCGUGCUUCGUACAGGGGGAAAGUGGGCACAAAGACAGGAUCCGCAGCAUACCGGGAAAUGAUCCAGAAGCACAUGGUCGGGCUUAGUCGGGAAUCGGACCGCGAACUCGCGCUUGGUGGUGGGUUUAGCAAUGAAGCAGAUGAAGGCAAGGAUCCUAGGGCGGUGCGUCAAUCUGGUCGCAAUCCUGUGGAAUGCUGGUACAACUUCACCGAUGCGCUUGCGGUCCGCAACCGAAGUCGAAAGCGACAGCUAGAUCAGUUUUCAACCAGAAGACGUCGUUCCGGGUCUCGUUCCAAUGAACGGCCGAACACGCGCAGAAGAUCGUGUGCGAAAGAUAGCAAUGUACACCGCAAAAGAUCUGCAAGUCCCGACAGAAGUGGAGAGAGGUCUCGAAAGCGCUUUCGGGAUCGAAGUAGAGACCGAAGCCGUAGUCAUCGUCACCGGGGCCAUGAUAUCGAACAUGGCAGUCGAAAAAGGGAUCAGGGUCGGGCUGAGUAUUAUCAUGGUCGUCGCCGAGAUCGCCGCACAUCAGAUGAGUAA